UGCGCCGCGUGCGGCACCACCUCGACGCCGCUCUGGCGGCGCGACCCGCAAGGCAACUCGAUCUGCAACGCCUGUGGCCUCUACUACAAGCUCCACGGCCAGCAUCGCCCCGUCAACCUCAAGAAGCCGACGAUCAAGCGCCGGCGACGC